CUCAAAAUCCGAAUGUAUUUACGAUCGAGUUAAUUUUUAGAAAAUCUUUCUUUUCUUCCGGUCCUCAGUGGCGACAACACAAGAUUUGGAUACUUGUGGCCAUUAAAUCGUAGUUCAUCGUCAAAAUGAUCGUGUUUAAAGACUUAAUUACAGGAGACGAGCUUUUCACAGAUUCAUAUCAAUUCACCAUCAAGGAUGACUUCUUCUACGAGGUUGAGGGAAAAACGGUGACUCUGGAUAAAGGAGCUGGCAACAUCGACAUCGGAGCCAACCCCUCAGCGGAAGGUGGAGAAGGGGAUGAAGGUGUGGAUGACUCCGGUAACAAGGUGUCCGGAUGUAAUAUCGUUCUAGCCUCAAACUUACAACCCACACAAUUUGACAAGAAAAGCUACCAGUCAUACAUCAAAGACUAUAUGAAGGCACUCAAGGCUAAAAUUACAGAGGUAAAGGGACAGGAAGCUGCAGAUGCAUUUGUCAAGAAAGCACCAGCCUGUAUAAAAGAGGUCUUAGGAAACUUUAAAAACUUUGAAUUUUUCCUUGGUGAGAGCCAGAAUCCAGAUGGACAUGUAGCUCUUCUGGACUACAGAGAGGACGGAAUCACCCCAUACAUGUUGUUUUUAAAGGAUGGAAUCGAAGAAAUCAAAUAUGUAAGACUUUAAUGUUUUAUUACUUUCUGGAUAAUGAAUGAUGUGUGAAGUUUUGUAACACACCCAAGUUUUUCGGAUCAAAUCUCUCUAAGCUUUUCACAUUUUCGACUUCUGAAUAAUACCUAGAUCAUUUUUAUACGCCCGUCUUUAGACGGGACGUAUUAUGGUACAGCGAUGUCUGUCCGUCCGUUCGGGGUUUUCUCUUUAUAAUUUCAUUUCCCUUUUACAUAUCAUGCUGAAACUUGCUGUGUAGCUUCUUUGUGGGUCACUCUAGAUCAUACUGCAAUUUUGAUCCAUUUCGACCUUUUUUCCAGGAGUUUUGCCCCUUUAUUUGGAAAUAAUUAUUAUAUGGAGGGUACAUAAUUUGUCCGCCCUACUCCUCCCACAGUUUUCAAGUGAGAGCCUUCUUGUUUUGUGGAGUGUUUGUAUGGGUACUGAAGAUGUGCAUGUUACAUGGAUUUUGAUUUUUUACAAUUUUUGAGAAAUUUACAGGUUGUUGAACUUAGUCUAUUUGGAAAUUAAUAUUCUAUGGAGGGUAGAUAAUUUGUCCGCCCAACUUUUCCCACAGUUUUCAAGUGAGGACCAUCUUAUUUUGUGUCGUGUUGGUAUGGGUAUUUUAGACGUACAUCUGGGGAAGGAUUUUUAUUUUCUUCCAUUUUUGAAAAAAUUACAGGUUGUUGAACUUGGUCCAUUUUGAAGAAAUCUCGAUUUUUAAGCUAAGACCCUUUGUUCAUAUGAAAGUUUGUCACAGCCUCAUGAGGCUGAUACUACCUGAAGCAAAGUUAUACAAAUUAUAGCACAAGAAAAACACCCUAUGUAAGCAUUUCAUGGGCGUAUUAUGUACCGUUUGCAGUACUCUUGUUAACUAAAAUUAAUACAAAGCUUGCUUUGAUAAAGAGGAUUCACUCUAAUCAAUUGAAAAAUCAUAUCUCCUUCCAUGGGGAGAUAAUUUAAGAAGUUAGGGCAGGGUGUUUUUAGCCGAGUUGCAACAAAGUUGAACUCGGCUAUUGAUUUGGUGAUGCGUGCGGGUGGUUGGGCGUCAACAAUUGGUUUCCGGAUGAUAACUCGAAAAGUUUACAAUCUAAUCAAAUGAAACUUUGAUAUAUUGUUGGGUACCAGGUAAGGAAGACCCCUAUUGAUUUUGGAGAAAAAUGGUCAGAGGUCACAGUGACUGAAAAUAGAAUGAAAAUUUCAGAAAAAUUUGGUUUCCGGAUGAUAACUCAGAAAGUUUAAAUCCGAAUCAAAUGAUACUUAAAGAUAUUAUGUACCAUGUAAGGAAGACCCCUAUUGAUUUUGGAGAAAAUAGGUCAAAGGUCAAGGUCACAGUGACCGAAAAUAGAUUUAAAAUUCAAAAAAAUGUUGGUUUCAGGAGGAUAAAUCGAAAAAAAAAAUUAAUUUGAAUCAAAUGAAACUUGUAUUUAUUGUUGGAUACCAGCAAAGCAAGGCCCCUAUUGAUUUUGGAGAAAAAAGGUCAAGGUCACAGUCCUGAAAAAAGAUUGAAAAUUUUAGAAAUAUCUGGAUCUGCAUGAUAACUCUAAAAGUUUAAAUCUGAAUAUUCACAAUUAUAAAUAUGCCACAUCAUUCCUGACUUUACAAUGUAUCCCAUGCAACUCGGCUCAUGCACCCCUGGUUGCAUAUAUUGAUUUUAAUCAUUUUCAAAAAAAAAUACUAUAUGUACCCAACAUGCAAUCUAGCCCAAGCAUUCAAUAAAUGAUCACUUUGGACGAAAAUAUAAUUUCAUUGUUUUGUUUUUCAGUGAACAUGCCACCCAUACAGAAAGACUCAAAACACCCAAGUUUCAAGAUAUUCAAAACUGGAAAUUGAUAAAAUGUACUUGUGAAGAUUUGAAAGUGAGCAAUAUUUGGAUUCUGCUGGUUUCCUAAUGUGACAGCAAUCUCUUAGUCUUAUAGCAAUGUUGAUGUCGGUAUUUAUUAGAGGACAUGGCAAAUAAUGAUAUUGUGAUAAGACUAUGGGUAUAACUGUGAUACAAACCAAGGGGGACUGUUCUUAAAUAUAGCAUGUAUUGUUGGCGAAUUGUCAGAGGUGCAAUUUAAGGUAUAUAAUGAUAUAUAUACGAUAAAAUUUUUAAAAACAU